AUGAAUGCUGCUGGCGACAAUGGAGGCAGUCUUUUCAAAAAUUUCGUCAGACAAACAGUUUGUUAUCAUUUUUUGAUGGAAUUAUCAAUCUUGUUGUUUUUUGUAGAGUUUCAAGCGACCGGAGAUGAAUAUGAACUUCGAGUUUUCGAACGCAAGAAGAUUGGAUACGCAUUGUGACACAUGUUUUCCAAUGAUCCAAGAGCAAGUUCCAUCAAGAGGGAAUUAUGUCGAUCUUCUGGAGUUUUCGAAUGUAUGACUUUUGUUUAUUGAAAAAUUGAAUUAUGUGAAUUGCUUUAUUAUUUCUUUUUUUUUCAGUUCAAUGGUAUUCCUUAUCCGAUUCUUGACGAAUCGAAGAAGCCAUCCCGCUGGUUUGCGGAUAUCAGAUAUUGCAUGUCAACCCCUCUACCUCAUAAUUAUCCAUCAGUUACAAAAGAUGUUCUCACUUCUCCUCGGGUCGAAUCAACUAUUCAAACAUUGUUAAAAACUUCAAAUACAUCUGUUUCUUCUCUUCGAUCAAAAGCCGUCAAAUUUUUCAAAGAGAUUCAAGCGAAUCUAUCGAAGUUUGUUUGUAAAAUAUGCUCAUAUUUAUUGUACAAAGUGAGUUAUUUCUCUUUUUGACAACACCAUUUUCAAUUAAUUCAGGUAUUCCGGCGAUUGAUGACCAAGUUAUUGGUUUGUCCAGAUGAAUUGAAUAGAAUACGUAAAGCAGAAGAAAGCGGUAUUCCAAUUGUAUAUCUUCCACUUCAUCGAAGUCAUCUUGAUUAUCUUCUUAUUACUUGGUGUAAUUGGCAUUUUCGUCUAAAACUUCCACAUAUUGCUUCGGGUGAUAAUUUGAAUCUCAGUGGACUUGGAUGGCUUCUUCGUGCAACUGGCGCAUUUUUCAUUAGAAGAAGAGUAAAUCCGGAUGAUGAAGGAGGAAAGGAUGUUUUCUAUAGAGCUAUUUUGCAUUCGUAUAUUGAACAAGUUUUGAAAAAAGAUUUGCCGAUUGAAUUCUUCUUGGAAGGAACAAGGUUAGUGUAUUUUAUUUAUCAAAUGAUUUAUUCAAAAGUUAGUUAUGAAUUAUUGAUUCUACAUAUUAUAUUAGCCGAUAUAAACACCAUAAUUGCUACUAUUUGUUAGUUGAGCUGGCGAUACUUUAAUCUUUUUCUCGAAAAAACUACCAAAAAUGAAUGUUCUAUAGGGUCCAAUGCAAAACAAUGAGAAAAUUGCGUUUAUUGAUGGGGUUAGAAUAAGGAUUGAGAAAAUCAUAUAUUGUAGGUAACUUUGAUCAAAUAUUUCAAAUAAUUGAAAAGAAAAAAUCAAAACUGCAAAUGUAUAGAUAAUUGGAAUGCAAAAUUGAGAUGAUAAAGCGUUCAGUAAUUGCAUAUUCAAACGUUGGGAAAUCGGGGAAAUUGUUGAAGUUUUGAAGCUCAAAGAAAUAAUUGUCCAAAAGAAUGGAACAACAAAAAGUGUUGGAAAACUCAUCAAUAAUAUCAAUAUAUUUGUGUAAAUAACUGAGACAUCGAAAAUUGAUUCGGAAAAAUAAACGAUUUCUGAUAAGUUGAAAUUAUUUCCGAUUUCAUAUAAUACUUCGGAAGAUAUCUCAUUUUCUGAAUUAUUCUUGAAAAUGAAAUUGGCUUGGAAGAAUAUUGAAAUUUGAAUCGAAGCUGUUAACGAUUGAAUGAAGACUCCAUUCACUUUUUGAUAUUUUGACAUUCGAAAAAGAUAGAAAAAGGAAAACAGGUAUAACAACAUAAUGUGAAUAUAUGAAUUCACCAUAACAUAAUGCAGUAGAUGAAGUACUUUGGUGGCAUUGAAUGGUAGAAUACUAAAUGAUAUGUGAAUAAUUAUAUUUUCCUGAAUUAACAAGCAUUCCAAGAGCAAAACAUUGAGAACACAAAUAAUUAUAUUAAUCAUGGCGACAUUUGAAAUCAAUUUUCCAUAUUUUUGCACUGUUUUCGGCGUCCGUUUCGAUGCUCCGAUAAGAAGAAUUAUGUUCAGCGAACACCCUAAAACGGAAUUAAAACCAUGAUAAAGUUGAUAGAACAUUUUCCGAUAAUAACUAGGAAAGGUAGACGAAAUAUCGUUUGGCGUUUGCUUUUGUGGUAGGAAUAUCUUUUCAAUUAUCAAAAGUGCAGAUGCAAAAGAAGUGGGGAAAUCGAGACGGAUAUUGUGCAAAGCUUCGUGAUCUAUACGUAGGAGAAAAGUGCUAAAAAUCAAGAACAUCGUGUACAGCCAAAGAAGUUAUGGAUCCAUAGUGGAAAAAAGCAUCCGAAAAUCGUUCGUUUCGUUGGAAUCUGAAAUAUCAAAAACAAAUAAUGUUUUUUUCUUGAUUUUCCUAGAAGCAUAGUGUCAAAAAUAGUUCAAUAUGAAAGGGACUAGUAAAAAAGUUCCGAAAUCAUAAAAAUUAGUACGAGCUGAGAAAAUCUUGUGUUUUUUGCCACUACGUCUUUUUUUAUUCAUUUAUGAAUUUUUCAGAUGAGCGGAAAAUUGAUAUCACCUGAAAUUAGUGAAAAUUUGAGAAAUAGUAACAUUGAUUUUACAAAAAAUCAUAUUUUUAUUGUAUCUUAAUCGAGAUGAACACAUUGUCUAAUUUCAUCUAGUUCCUCAAAUAUAUUAUUCUGAAACAUUCCAGAAUUUUAUCGAUGAACUAUCGAUCAAUGUUCUAUUUUCAACACUUUAUUCAAUGUACUUUUUAACUUCCAUCAGUAGUGCUACAGUAAUACAAAAAAUAAUUAGAAAAAGUACAUUAACGGAGAGGAAGCCGUUGAAGGUUAUAGUCGUGGUUUAAUGAUAUCAUCAGAUAUACAGUAGGAAAAUAGAGAAAACAAAUAAUAUACUAGUUCACUCCAAUGUAAACACCAUUACUGUAUGUAAAAGUGUUCACUGAAACUAUAGGCGUUUUCUUUCUUUUUUUAAUGAAUGUCCAAUAUGGACCAAUGAAUAUCAAAGAGGCGGAAGAAUUGAGAAUUGGAACGAUGAUUAGUAUUGCAUACAUCAGGUAUUGUGGUAGAAUUGAAGAAGUUAAUUGAAAUUGUUGAAUAACAUAACACAUUCCACCAAUUGUAUAAACUAUAGGAAUUGAAGAUUGAAAUGUGAGAGCCUGAAAAUAUAAAAGGGGUUUUAAGAAAAACAGAUUACAUUUUGGAAUACCUUGAGUAGCUGAUAAUGUAAACGUUUUGAUGCUUCAGAAAUCAUCAUUUUUGAAAUAUUGUUCAGUAUACAUUUUCUUAUACAAAUAAUGACGAUUAUCAUCGGAGAACCCAAUAAAAGAAAAUGAAUUAUGACAUACAUCACAAUGAAAUCGAAAAUUGUUUCUUCCGAAGUUAGUGUAUAUCCGGAUAUAUCAAUAUUUGGCCAAUAUUCGAACAUUGAAUGGAUUGCAGUAUUUUCGUUAACAGAAUUUAUAAACAUGUUUAUGAUUUCAAAAAAUGAUGGAAUAUAAAAUAUUGCGAUGAUUGAUUGAAUCUUUCUAGGACUGAAUUUAUAACUUUUCGAUAUCAAAAAUCUAUAAAGAAAAGAUAAUAGAAGUAACCACAUUGUAUGGGUAUAAAAAUGUAGCAUAAUUAGGUAAAUUGAAUAACAAAAAUGUGGAGAAAUCAUUGAACAUGGUCCCAUUGAAAUGUAAACAAUAGAAUAUCCACAUGAAAUUAGACGUUGCAUUACUAGAAAAUUAAAAAUGCAAACUGAAAAAUCGGUGAUUGCCAUAUUUGUUAUAAGAAAACUAUAAGUUCUCAUAUUUUUUGGAGUUCUUUUGUAAACUGUGAACAAAAGUACAGGGUGCGCCAUAAAUACGUGGACAGCUAUAAUUCAAUAUUAUUUUCAAAUUUAGAACAGUUUUUUGUAUAUCGUUUUUAAAAUACUUAAUUAGGUCCCUAACGAGUAAAUUAAAACCAAUAUCUCUUAGUUUGGUCGAUUCUGCGACCUGGGAAAUCUUGUGGAACUUCGGGAAAAAUUUCAUCACGGCACGCAAAACAAUGAAAAAGUGGUCUCGCUAUUUUUGGAUGGAAUUAUUUUUAUUGCGAAGGCUUCAUUUGAGUUGUAAAAUGUUUGAGGGGUUGUCAGAGAGUCCCAAGAAGCCAAGAAAAAUAUAAAAUUGUCCACCAUGUCUCACACCAAGUUUGGGUGGAGAUUUUUGGAACAGUCUGCUUCAUUGGGAGCAAUCAUUGAUCUCCAUUGAUUUUGGGGUCAAAAUCGGGAGUAAAGUUGAGAUAAAUGUAUUUCUGGACUAACAUAUGUACCUAAGAAUGAAAAUCAACCUCGAUAACAAACAUCAAGUGCUCCAGCCAAUCACAAUACACAAUAAAAGAUAAAAUCUCCCAAAAUCGCUGUUGAGAAACAAUUUUUUCGAUUUGAGCAACAUUUUUAAAUUGAUUUUAUUUUUGUCAGAAACCAACCCAUUGCAUAAUUUCUUUCAAAUUAGUUAUCGGAAAGGUUCUAGGUAAACCUCCAAUCAUGUAUUUAGACUAUACAGAACCUAGUUUUCAAGUAUUGGGACAAUAUGUCCGACAAAUGGCAGCGUGCCGAGAUGAAAUUUUUCCCGAAGUUCCACAAGAUUUCCCAGGUCGCAGAAUCGACCAAACUAAGAGAUAUUGGUUUUAAUUUACUCGUUAGGGACCUAAUUAAGUAUUUUAAAAACGAUAUACAAAAAACUGUUCUAAAUUUGAAAAUAAUAUUGAAUUAUAGCUGUCCACGUAUUUAUGGCGCACCCUGUAAUGUGGUGAUUGCAAUACCAAAUGUUGAAAAUACAGUAUGAUAGAUUUGAAAUGUCAAAUCCAUUGUAAUUAGAAGAUUGAGAAUGAUAGAUUGUGGGAAGAGCUUCCCCUUAUUUAAUAUGUUAUGAUUUAUGUUCAAAAACAAAAAGUACAAAACUACAAAACGAUAUGAUGUUCAGCCUUUUUUCCACCAAAAAUAUAUAAUGCAAAAAUUAUAGCGGUAUCAAGCUUAAGGUAUUUGAAUAAAAAUCAGAACUGGUUGUGAAAAGUACUAUUUCUGAGGGUGAGUACAAGAAUCAAACAAGUCUAUUUUUCUGUAAUUCUCUGGAGUGAUUGUUAAUUUAGAUGCAAAAUAUUAUUCUAAAAGAAUUUCAUUUUAAAAACGGCGAACAAAAAAAUUAUUUCCAGAAAUCGUUUCGGAAAAGUGUUGCCUCCAAAAAAUGGUCUGAUUUCAAAUGUUGUUCAAGCUGUUCAACAAGGAAUUAUCAAAGAUUGUUAUCUUGUUCCAGUCUCAUAUACUUAUGAUGCAGUUGUUGAAGGUGUAUUUCUCAAUGAAUUAAUGGGAAUCCCAAAAGUUCGUGAAAGUGUUAUGGGUGUUUUCAAAGGAAUUUUCGAUGGAUUCAGUAAAUCAAAACAAUGUGGAAUUGUUCGUAUGCAUUAUGGAAGACCUGUAUUAUUGACAACGUAUUUAUCAGCAAUGACAGCAGCAUUGGCGUGUAAAAAUGCGAAACCGACAGCUCUCACAAGAUUACCACAUUCAUUUUCAUAUCGUGAAUUGGUUCCUUGGCAUAGAACACAUUCUGAAACUGUUGAUGAUCGAUCAAUGAUUCGAGCUAUUGGAUUUCAUGUUGUUCACGAGGCUCAAAUGAUGUGCUCAAUUUCAGCAGUAUCGAUUGUAUCUUGUUUAUUAUUGGCCAAAUUUAGAAAGGUGAAAUUAUAUUUUUGGAAUUCCUGUUUCUCGAAGAUCCAAUUUCCAAUUCUAUUUUCUAGGGGGCUGACAUUCGAACUCUUGAACAUGAUACAAUUUGGCUGUGUGAGAAAAUAAUUGCCGGAGGUGGCGAUGUUGUUGGAUAUACUUCAAAUGAAACAACCGGCGAAACAAUUGUCAAAUACGCUUUGAAGAAAAUUGAAAAUUGCGUGGAAUAUUUGAAAGAUCAACAAUUUGUUCGUCCAAUUUUGGAGCACAAAUCGCUUGUCAAUCUUGCCUAUAAUAAAAAUGCCAUCAUUUGUCGAUUUUCGAUCAAAAGUGCUUUGGGUGAGUGAGAUAUUUUGAUUUUCCCGUGAAAACUCUCAAAUUUUUUCUAGCGUUGAGUUUGGUUUGUCGAGAAAUGGGUAAAAUGGUGAACAUUGAAGAGAUUAUUGAUGAUACAAUGUCACUUUGUGAUUGGUUGCAAUAUGAUUUUUUGUUCGCGAAACCUUGCGAUGAUUUGAGAGAGAUUUGCCACGAUAUUUUAAGCACUGAACAUUGGAGUCAUCCAGUUAAUGGAGUAUUGAGAUCAGAUUAUGAAGAUAUGGGUGGAUUUGGCGAUGUUGAAUCACAAAAUCAACCAGUUCAUGUCAGAAUCAAAGAUGAAAACGAUUUUGAGAUUUUGGUGUUUUAUUCAAAUUUGAUUCGGCCAUUCAUCCAAUCGCUUUAUAUUGUCACAACAUUUGUUGCCUCACCGAAAUGCGCAGAAAAUCCGAUUCCAGAAAAUAAGUUUGUUAGAGAUCUUUGUCAAGCAGCUCUUGCUGAACAAGAAGGAUAUGUUAAACCGCCUUUUGAACCACUUUGUAAGUUUUUUUUCAUCAUGAGAAAAGAGUUCCUAAUUAAUUUCAACAUUUUUAGUGGAAUCUAUAAAUAGUGACUCAUUCAAAAAUUCAAUUCGAACAUUACGCGAAAAGGGAUUUUUGUCGCGAGCCGAUCCAAAUAAUGUAUGCCGUAGUAAAAAUGGUCAUAUAAAUGAGGUGGUUUCGAAUCUUCAACGUGUUCUCAGAUUGGUGCAAUAA